GCGGCCGCUCGCUGCCGGAAGUGGUGCGGGUCGGGAACGGCGGGCGCAUGGCGGGCGCGCAGGACGUGGGGUUCGCGGCGGCGGCGGCGGCUGCUCGGCCCGGGAAGCGGCGGCCGGAGCCGGAGGAGCCCUCUCUCCUCUGCCCUCCUGCCCCCAGCCUCCCAGGGGACGGCAACGAUUCUGGCCCCUCUGACAGCGAAGAGAGUGUGUUCUCUGGCCUCCAAGACUCUGGCAGUGACAGCGGUGAGGAUGCCACGACUGAGGGAGAGGACGGGGCCAGCAGUGAUGAGGGCCACAGGAGGACAGAGAGGACUGCUGGGCAGCCGGUGCAGGCCAGGACCCCUUCCCCAAGGACAGAAGCGGCCAGCGUGCCGGGUGACGAUGAGUAUGCGGAGGACAGUUCUGACGAGGAGGAUGUCCGGAACACGGUGGGCAAUGUGCCCCUGGAGUGGUACGAUGACUUCCCCCAUGUGGGCUAUGACCUGGACGGCAGGCACAUCUACAAGCCCCUUCGUACCCGUGAUGAGCUGGACCAGUUUCUGGACAAAAUGGACGACCCUGACCACUGGCGCACAGUCCGGGACCGGAUGACUGGGCACAACGUGCGGCUGACAGAUGAGCAGGUGGCCCUGGUGCAACGGCUGCAGAGGGGCCAGUUUGGGGAUGGGAGUGUCAACCCGCAUGAGCCGGCCGUGGAUUUCUUCAGUGGGGACCUCAUGAUCCACCCGGUGACCAACCGGCCUGCAGACAAGCGCAGCUUCAUCCCAUCUCUGGUGGAGAAGGAGAAGGUCUCACGCCUGGUGCAUGCCAUCAAGAUGGGCUGGGUCCAGCCUCGUCGGCCCCGGGACCCCACCCCCAGCUUCUACGACCUGUGGGCCCAGGAGGACCCCAAUGCUGUGCUGGGCCGUCACAAGAUGCACGUACCUGCCCCCAAGCUGGCCCUGCCUGGCCAUGCCGAGUCCUACAACCCACCUCCAGAGUACCUGCCCAGCGAGGAGGAGCGCCUGGCAUGGGAGCAGCAGGAGCCCAGCGAGAGGAAGCAUGACUUCCUGCCACGCAAGUUCCCGAGCCUACGGGCUGUGCCCGCCUACAGCCGCUUCAUCCAGGAACGCUUCGAGCGCUGCCUCGACCUUUACCUGUGCCCACGGCAGCGCAAGAUGAGGGUGAAUGUGGACCCAGAAGACCUCAUCCCCAGACUGCCGCGGCCACGGGACCUGCGGCCGUUCCCCACAUGCCAGGCCUUGGUCUACAGGGGCCACAGCGACCUUGUCCGCUGCCUGAGUGUUUCCCCGGGGGGUCAGUGGCUGGCUUCAGGCUCUGACGAUGGCUCGCUGAGGCUCUGGGAGGUGGCCACUGCCCGCUGCAUGAAGACCAUUCCCGUGGGUGGCGUGGUGAAGAGCGUUGCCUGGAAUCCCAACCCCACCACCUGCCUGGUGGCUGUGGCAGUGGAGGACAUGGUGCUGCUGCUGAACCCGGGCCUGGGGGACCGGCUGGUGGUGGGCAGCACAGACCAGCUGCUGGGUGCCUUCGCCCCACCCGGGGAGCCUGCCCUGCAGCCUGCCCGCUGGCGGGAGGCCUCUGAGCCGGAGCACCAGAGGGGCCUGCGGCUGUGCAUUUGCCAUGACAAGCCAGUGACACAGGUGACCUGGCACGGGCGUGGGGACUACAUGGCCGUGGUGCUGGCCACCUCGGGCCACACCCAGGUGCUGAUCCACCAGCUGAGCCGGCGCCGCAGCCAGAGUCCCUUCCGCCGCAGCCAUGGGCAGGUGCAGCGCGUGGCCUUCCACCCCGUGCGGCCCUUCCUGCUGGCGGCCUCUCAGCGCAGUGUCCGCCUCUACCACCUGCUGCGCCAGGAGCUCACCAAGAAGCUGGUGCCAAACUGCAAAUGGGUGUCCAGCCUGGCAGUGCACCCGGCAGGUGACAACGUCAUUUGUGGCAGCUACGACAGCAAGCUGGUGUGGUUCGAUCUGGACCUGUCCACCAGACCGUACAAGGUGCUAAGGCACCACAAGAAGGCCCUGCGGGCUGUGGCCUUCCACGCCCGGUACCCACUCUUUGCAUCUGGCUCUGAUGACGGCAGCAUCAUUGUGUGCCACGGGAUGGUGUACAAUGACCUGCUUCAGAACCCACUGCUGGUGCCUGUGAAGGUGCUGAAGGGGCACGUGCUGACCCGAGGCCUGGGAGUGCUGGACGUGGCCUUCCACCCCACCCAGCCCUGGGUCUUCUCCUCGGGGGCUGACGGCACCAUCCGCCUCUUCACCUAGGUGGCCUUGGUGUAUGCUGGGGACGUUAAUAGAGGCGUUGCUUCCGUGGA